AUGUGGUUUAACGAACGAACAUCUCUCCUAUAUACACUCUUUCUAUCUGUUCCUUUAUCCUCCGCGUUCUAUCUCCCAGGUGUCGCACCGACUUCGUACGAUGAAGGACAAGCCGUGCCGCUCUAUGUUAACCACUUGACUCCCGGUAUAGCUGGACAGGAUGACCAGCUCCAUUCGGUAUUCUCGUACGACUACUACCACCCAGCCUUUCACUUCUGUCGUCCCAAGGAUGGGCCAAAAGAUGUGCGGGAGUCGUUGGGUAGUAUUUUGUUCGGAGACCGGAUUCAGACGUCGCCGAUCGAGCUACACAUGGGUGUAAAUGAGACCUGCAAGGCAGUAUGUGGGGAGGCCAAAUUCGAUGCUCGAAGCGCAAAAUUCACCAAUCGCCGGAUCAUGCAAGGUUAUAAUGUCAAUUGGCUCGUCGACGGGCUCCCGGCAGCGCAACGAAACGUGGAGACCGUCACCCAGACCGAAUUCUACAGCCCCGGAUUUGCCCUGGGGAUAGCGAAUGAGAAUGGAGAACCUUACCUGAACAACCAUUAUGACAUCCUAAUCGAUUUCCACCGCGUUGGAUCUGGAGGCAAGGAUCAAUUCCGUGUUGUGGGCGUCCUCGUUCAACCCGAGUCUCGCCACGACUCGAAAGCUUUGGACGAUGGAACAGCGGAGUGUGGUAGCGACAAUGCGCCCGUGUUGCUUAGCGAGGAUGGUGAGACUGCGGUCACUUUUACAUACAGUGUGUAUUGGCGCGAGUCACCCACCGUUUGGGCUACGCGCUGGGACAAGUACCUGCACGUGUACGACCCCAAGAUCCACUGGUUCUCCCUCAUCAACUCGGCUGUCUUUGUUGUGUUCCUGGUUGGCAUGGUGAGCAUGAUCUUGGUCCGAGCUCUCAGGAAGGAUAUUGCUCGGUACAACAGACUUGAUGCGAUCAACCUCGAGGAUCUGGAUGGCACCUCUGCCGCUGUUGAGGAUGGCAUCCAAGAAGACUCGGGUUGGAAAUUGGUUCACGGCGAUGUCUUCCGGUGCCCUAGGUCUCCGCUGCUGCUCAGUGUUCUGGUGGGUAAUGGUGCCCAGCUUUUCAUGAUGGCUGGCGUGACAGUCGUGUUCGCACUCUUCGGACUCCUCUCUCCUGCGAAUCGAGGUUUCCUGGCCACCGCGAUUCUCCUCAUCUACACCGUGUUUGGUUUUAUUGGGGGAUAUGUGUCGGCUCGGGUGUACAAAUCGUUUGGCGGAGACGCGUGGAAGCGGAACAUUAUCAUGACGCCGCUGUUGAUCCCGGGUGUGAUCUUCUGCACAUUCUUCCUGCUGAACCUGUUCGUGUGGGCGAAGGGUUCCAGUGGAGCAGUACCGUUCGGGACGAUGCUCGCUUUGGUGCUCAUUUGGUUCGUGAUCAGCGUGCCGUUGAGCUUCGCGGGUAGCUGGCUUGGAUUCAAGCGGAGGCCCGUUGAAGGCCCCACCAAGACCAACCAGAUUCCCCGACAAGUGCCCCCGAUGAAGGGCACGCUGCGGACAGUCCCGUCUAUGUUCCUAACUAGUCUGCUUCCAUUUGGAGCAAUCUUUGUGGAACUUUAUUUCAUCAUGAACUCGCUCUGGACGAACAAGAUUUAUUACAUGUUUGGGUUCUUAUUCAUCUGCUACGGUCUGAUGAUCAUUACGACGGCUGCCACAACAGUGUUACUGGUGUACUUCUUGCUCUGCGCUGAAGAUUACCGGUGGCACUGGCGCGCUUUUGCCGGCGCUGGCAUGACGGGAGGCUAUGUGUUCCUUAACGCCCUGCUUUUCUGGGCAACGCGAGUCAGCUUCGGUGGGCUGACGGGGGCGGUUCUCUAUGUGGGGUACUCGGCACUGAUUGGAUUCGUAGCGUUCAUUUUAACCGGCUCGAUUGGAUUCUUUGCGAGCUGGGCGUUUGUGCAUCGCAUCUACAGAUCGAUCAAGGUCGAUUAA